AUGAAUUUAUACGAUAGUAUUUUACUUUUUGGUUUGGUACUCGGAAAACGUCCCCCAGCAGUAUGCUCUCCAGAUCUACCAACUUGCGUGGAUGUUUGUCACGAAGAAAAAUGGAUAAAAAAACGAGAUGCUUGCGUGUUGAAAGCGCGCAAAUUCCGCGAAAUGUGCUACGUUCACUCUUGCAACGUCACCGUCACUUUGGACGAUUUCAAGGAUGUGGCGGUUGAGUUUUUCGCCGACAUGGUGGGAGUUCAACUUGCAGAGGAAGAAGAGGACGAUGAAGAAGGGUCAACGAUAGAUUGUGCCAGGGACUGUGAUGCUCAUUUACAAUAUACUCUUCGGAAAUGCCCAUGUUAUCAAACGGAUGAAGAGAAAGUGGAAGAGAAAAACAUCUUCCGAACAAUGAAAGAUUCGAUUUUGAACCUCACGAUGGCGCUUGAAGAAAUAACCGAGCAAUACGCUGAGCUGAAAAUGAAUUUGACCUCGGCUUACGAAAAAAUACAGGAAGUCGAAAGCAAGGCUCAUCGAUGCGUUCGAGCCCCUAACUAUUACCGCAGUUAUGAGGAUUAUUACGACUGUUGA